AUGCCAGUGUAUUCUAUAUCCCACGUCGAGAAUGUUAGAGUAUGUGUGGUCAUGGUUGGUUUACCAGCUCGUGGUAAAUCUCUCAUAUCGCAAAAAAUUGUUCGAUACUUGUCAUGGUUGUCAAUAAAAUCAAAGUGUUUUAAUGUUGGAAAUUAUAGGCGAGAAGUGGCCAAAGAAGCUGCCAUUAACGCCGAAUUUUUUGACCCAAAGAAUGAAGAGGGUUUGGCUUAUAGAAAACAAGCCAUAGACUUGGCAAUAAAAGAUAUGAUGAAUUGGUUUGUUGAAGAGAAUGGGGUUGUGGGGAUUUUGGAUGCCACAAAUUCUACUAGGGAAAGAAGAGAUAGGAUUUUGAAGCUAUGCCGAGAAAACUAUAUUGAGCCCAUGUUCUUGGAAAGUUGGUGUGACGACAAAGAGCUCAUAUUGCAGAAUAUCAUGGAUGUGAAAACCACUUCUCCUGACUACGUGACAAAGCCUAAUGAAUUUGCUAUGUCAGACUUUCUCAAAAGGAUCGAAUACUACGAAUCAGUGUAUGAAACAAUGGAUGCCACAACCGACUCCGAAUUGACGUUUGUCAAACUUGUUAAUGUUAAUUCCCAGAUUAUAUUGAACCGAAUCGAAACUUAUUUGGAAAGUCGUAUAGUAUAUUACGUGAUGAAUUUACACAUAAAGCCAAGAAGCAUUUGGUUGUCAAGACACGGUGAGUCGGAAUUCAACCUAACUGGUCAAAUUGGUGGUGAUGCUGAUUUAUCAGAACGCGGAUGGAGAUACGCAAAGAAAUUACCUGAACUUGUUCUCAAGUCGUUGGGGGAGGAACACAAGCAUACCAAUUUGACAGUGUGGACAUCGACUUUGAAACGUACGCAAGAGACCGCUUCAUUUUUGCCAUAUAAAAAACUACAAUGGAAGGCGUUGGACGAAUUAGAUGCAGGUGAAUGUGAUGGAAUGACAUAUGAAGAAAUUGAAAAGGCAUUCCCAGAAGAUUUCAAAGCAAGAGACGACAACAAAUACGAAUAUAGGUAUCGUGGUGGAGAGUCUUAUCGCGACAUUGUCAUAAGAUUAGAACCCAUUAUUAUGGAGUUGGAGCGUCAAGAGAAUAUUCUUAUAAUCACUCAUCAAGCUGUAUUGCGUUGUCUUUAUGCCUACUUUAUGAAUGUGCCACAAGAAGAAAGUCCCUGGAUGUCUAUUCCCUUGCAUACGUUGAUAAAAUUGGAACCAAGAGCGUAUUCGACGUUGGUGUCGAGACUAAAAGCGGAUAUACCGGCUGUUAGUACAUACAAGGAAAAAGGAACAUCACAAUUAGGAGAAGCAAAAUCGGGAGAGACCAUUUUCAAAAGUAGGGAUUUGUUAAAUAGCGGCGAUGUGGUUUAG